AUGAGUGUCAUGCACAUAGUUCUGUAUCUAUUUCUGAUCGUCGAAUGCUACUGUUCAUUCUUUGAUCCGGCAUACAUUUAUUCAGGUAUAGUUUGGAACGACACCGAUGGAAAAUCAAUACAAAGUCAUGCGGCUGGUAUUUUAAUUGAUCCGAAUGAUAAUUCUUACUGGUGGUACGGAGAAUCUCUUAAGACAUCGACGUUAGCUGAUCAUGGUGUUAAUUGUUAUCAUUCGAAAGAUCUUAUCAAUUGGAUCAAUAUCGGUGAAGUCCUCGGACAAAAACAAGUAGUCAUUCAAAAUCAGUCAGGUCCAUACGUGAUCGAAAGACCUAAAGUAGUAUGGAAUCCAUUGACGAAACUCUAUGUCAUGUGGUUUCAUCUUGAUAGUUAUGACUAUCAAUAUCGAUAUGCAGGUAUUGCUACUUCACCCACACCGAAUGGAAAAUUCACGUUUAUCGAUGCAUUCCAGCCAGAUGGUGUUCCAUCACUUGAUAUGAAUCUUUAUGAGGAUAAACGCAAUGGAGUAGUACAAGGUGUUUAUUUUGUUCGAUCUUGUAAUAACGAGUACGUUGGAAUAAGUAAACUAACUGAUGAUUAUUUGAACACAACUGGUAUUACAAGUCGAAUUGGAGAGCCGAGAGAAGGUCAUGCGAUAUUCUAUCGAAACAAUCGUUAUUAUAUGAUGACGAGUCAUUUGACUGGAUGGAGUCCUAAUCCAGCUGAACUUUUCGUCACCAACCAAGAUAAUUUACAGCAUGCGGAAUGGUCAUCGUUAGGAAAUCCCACUAAUUCGCCAACAACAUUCAAUUCUCAGUCUACAUUUGUUUUACCAUACCCUUCGCGAAAAUUUCCCGGAACGUUUGUUUAUAUUUAUAUGGGAGAUCGUUGGAAUGCUCCGGAAUUAUUGAAUGCUACCUAUAUAUGGUUACCAUUUACAUUCAAUUCCGAUACGAAUGUUACGUUAGAAUGGCAAGACAAAUGGGACUUAAACGAUUAUUAA